UCUCAGAAUUUUUGUGGCAUCCCUAUUUAUAGUUACAUUUUCCAAGCUGAAAUGAAAAUUGAGAUAGAACUGUAUUUCGAAUAGUUAAAGAAAUUAACAAUGGUUUCUAUGCAAUUCGUGUUGCAACCACUUCCGGGAAACGAUGAACAAUUCAUUGAGAGAAUACGAGAAGUCUCUGAUAAAGUAAACCGCUUCGGUUCUGGAACUCAUAGAAUAUUUGAACAAUUGAAAAUACCAGUCAGGGAGGUGGUAAUUGGACCUAAUCAUAUUGGAGUACUUCUGGAAGAUGGAAAAGCGUUCCGGGUCGCCUUCUCUAUCAAUACUGAAAAGCUUGAUUUGACUAAAUCUGACAAUAAGUGUGCUCCAUCUGGUGGAGUUGCAGCAACAAAUGCUCCAAAGGCACCAUCAUCUUCUCGGCCUAUGGCUCGCUCACGAGCACGACUUCUGCGAGCAACAGGUAGGACCAGUUCAAGUGGACAAGGUUCCGGAUCUAGAAGUACAGGUGUAAUAAUUGGAGGUAACUCCUCUAAUCGACCCCUAGUAACAGUGCCAGCCACCUAUGUGCCUGAGGAGCUUAUAUCUCAAGCAGAAGUGGUAUUACAAGGCAAGAGUAGGAAUCUGAUUAUAAGAGAACUUCAGCGCACAAAUCUUGAUGUGAACUUAGCUGUGAAUAAUUUGCUUUCUCGAGAUGAUGAAGAGGCAGAAGAUACAGAAGAGGGUGGAGACAACUAUGUUCCAGAAGACCUGAUUUCACUUUUGGACAAUGGUUUUUCCGGUGACAAUAAUAGCGUCAUUAUCGAUCCAUCAGACGGACUUUUCUCAGAGGAAAUAUUUAGUAAUUAUUCGAGCAUUAGAAAUCUACUUUUCGAUCGGAUUCGUAGCGAACGAAACAACGCAAGCUCGAGUAGUGCAGAUAAUAAUCAGUCUAAUCGAACAUCGGCAUCUUCCACCGGUGUUAUAGCAGGAAAUGCUAGUCUUUCAGCUCAGAUAUCUUCGGCAAAUGCUGAUCGCGAAGCAUUUAGUCGCUGGCGUGAUCGUCAGUACUAUGGCCCCCGCCGUUGGAUUAGUAAAGACGAAUACACGUGGGAUAAAGAUACUGAUCCCAAAAAGAAAGAACCCUCUUCAAUGCCCUCGCCAAUAUGGAUAUCAGAAGAAUUGCAACCAUGGCCUGACAAAGUUUUCAUUCGAUUUAAGACUAUUGGAGCGUUGUAUUCCGAAUUUAUUGCGCUCUCAGAAAAUGGAGAGUUACAUCAAUGGCGCUGGUCAGACUUGGAGCCCUACAAAUCAGAUACGGACAAUAUUUAUCAUCCAAAGACCUUAUCACUUAACAUUGCUGAAAAAGUGGAGCUUAUCUCAGCAAAUUUUAUAAGAUGCUCUAUAGUAACUGAGUCAAAUCGAGUUGCCACUUGGAUGGACGAACAACUGGGAUAUCUCGGAGCUAAAUUAGAGCACACAGCUUCAGCUUUUAAUGAAUUCACCAUGGACCCUAUUGCAACAAUACAUGUUUGUUCGUUAUACACAGCAGUUAGAACCGAUAAUAAUAAUAUUUAUUGGUGGGGAGUUCUUCCAUUCGAUCAACGCCGCUACCUAUGGGAUAAGUUUCGAACUAAAACCAAAAAACCAUUUAAAAUGGUUGUGGCUGAUAUUAACGUGGGAUCACAAGUUGUUAUGAAGAAGUGUCCUAUUUACCAAACAGGAUCGAUUGGAUUUACCUGUACCAAUGGUGUACCCAAAGUUGGACAGUUAUUAAACUCUGUGUGGGAUUUUGCGGACGUAUGUAGGAUGAAAAUCUUAAAUGUCGGUUCAACUUUAGGAUCCGAUAAAUGUCAGACUACGGGAACGAUUGCUAAUGAUAAGGAUAUUUCUAAGACAGCACCUAUACAAGCUACCAGUUCUAACAAGAGCGGACAAAUAAGUUCGACAAGUAAAGAGUCAACUGAUCGUAUUGACAUGCCUCCACCGCCUUCGCCGGCGUCUAGUACUUGUAGUGAUACCGGUAGUGUUACUUCACACAAGCGCACUAAAAGAAUGACUUCUAAAGAAGAUGGCAACAGUUGCCAAGAGAGCAGAAAAGAUGAGGAACUAUGGCAACUUAAAGACGUUGUCUUCGUAGAGGACAAAGUGGGCCCGGUUGGAAAAGUUCUUAAGGUUGAUGGGGACUAUGUGGCAGUCCGAUUUCCACCAUUAAGCUGCGUCAGUGGCGCUACCGGUUUAACCAGUAAAGAUGAUGGAAAAGAGGAUGACUGGCAGCAAUGCCGUCUAUUGCGACGCGAAGAUGUCCAAGUCUAUCGGACAGCAGUUUCCUCACGAGGGCCAGAUUGGUUACAAAAACAACCGAAGAAAAUAAAUAUUGGUACCGAUCCAGCGAGCGCUCAGCUUCUUACAAUAGCGGUAGAUACCCGUGGUAUUCAUGUUAUUAAAAAAGUGUUCGGGAAAAUACAUUAUAGCCUUUAUAACUUAUACAACAGCAAGCAAGAACAAAACUGCCAAUUUCCCACAGACUGUGCAUCAUUUAUAGGCGCGUCUACUAAUAACAUUACAAUGGCCUGCAAUAAUGACUGCAACGGUAACAGUAGUACGAUUGUUCUUAGAGAUGGCAAUGGAGCACUUUAUCCACUGGCUAAGGACUGUAUCGGCUCAAUAAAAGACCCUCAGUGGUUCGAUUUGCCGCCUGUUAAAUCUGUUACUAUGGCCACAAUAUCGCUUCCGCCUUCAGUAUCUUGCAUUAAUCUUAAGUCAAAAGUAUGCAUGACAGCACUGCUUUUUGAAACCCAAAAACUUAUGCCACAUAUACUGCGAUGUGAUGUUAAAAACUGCAUUGCUGUCUUGAUGCGACUUGAAAAAGAAGACCGCAAAGAUACAAUUUCUGUUGUUGAAGAACGCUGCGAUGGUAACCGGAACAUAUUUCAUGCCUGUGUAGUAAUGUGUGCUCCAACAUCUAACAAGGACACACAACAUUUAUCAGACCUUACCAGCAGUAGCUCAGAAAAAAAAACUGCCACUUCUGGAGUUACAAUGCCACGUGUAGGACCUUCCUUAUCAUAUGGAAGCGCAUUUGGAAAUGGGAGCAAUUUAAGCGAGAAUUCUGGCUUCGCUACAGUCCCUGCUGGCAUCAGUACAUCUUCAACUUCUGCAUCAUUAAACAGGGAAACCCGAAUUAGUCUUCGUGACAUGAUGCAUCGACUCAUUAAUACAGAACAGGCAGAGCAGAAUAGUCAAUCAGCGACAAGUGCAGGGGAGGAUCACGCUUAUAUUCCAAUACCCUGGUCCCUUGAAUCAGGAACGGUUAGCAACCUUAGCACAAUCGGAGCUCAAAAUGUAGCGGAUAUAGUUGACGAAGAUGUUUUGAAAAUAUUGCCUUCGUCGUCUCAAAACAUUAGUGUGUCAAACAGCAAAAUGGGAACUCCAAAUUAUACAUUCGACCUAAUACAACGACGUGAACACGCCAUUCUGAUCCUUCAACAUAUGUGUGCCAGUGUUGCUAUGCGACCUUACCUUUACCAGAUGCUAAGCGCCAAGGAUGGUCAAGGUCAAACCGCAUUCAUGCUAGCUGUUUCAUGUCGCGCUUACGAAGCUGGUAUAAUAAUACUAAAUACAAUUCUUAGUGUUUCUGAUCAUGAUACGCAUCUUAAGGAAGCAAUGAUUUUCCCCAUUGGGUCGCCAGCUGAUCAAUCCCCUCUUCAUGUUAUCUGCUAUAACGAUACGUGCUCCUUCACUUGGACUGGUGCAGAUCAUAUAAACCAAAACAUAUUUGAGUGUAAAACUUGCGGCUUAACUGGUUCCCUAUGUUGCUGCACCGAAUGCGCACGAGUCUGUCACAAGGGCCACGACUGCAAACUUAAACGCACGGCACCGACAGCUUACUGCGACUGCUGGGAGAAGUGCAAAUGUAAAGCACUAAUUGCAGGAAAUCUAACUAAGCGGUUUGCAUUACUCUGCAAACUUGUAUCUUGCACUGAUUUAGUCACAAAAUUCAACUCAAAGGGUGAAUCUAUACUGCUAUUUCUCAUUCAGACUGUGGGUCGGCAGAUAGUCGAGCAAAGGCAAUACCGGUUCAAUGUAAGAGUGCGUAAUGUAGGUAACACGGGAAAUGCAAAUGGAAGCAAUACAGUCAUAACCAAUCGGAAAUCUUCAUCUCUAGACAUCGAUAGUGACAUGCCUGACCAUGAUCUCGAGCCACCUAAAUUUGCCAGAAAAGCUCUAGAACGUCUUUUGAUUGAUUGGCAAGCGGUUCGUUCAAUGAUUAUGAGCGGCGCAGAAAGAAAUGAAGCUAAUAUAAAUAUACAAGGAAAUGUUGGCGAGGGAGAUAACUCUGAAAGUUUCAAUGUUUUUAUGCAAUCUCAGCAUGGUUCUACACUACUGGACAAGUUUACUCACAGCUUGAUAGUAAAAUGCACAAGCGACCAUUUAGAUACCUUGCUGCUGACUUUGGUGCGGGAGUUGCAAAAUAUUGUUGUUGUUGAUCGAUGUAAAGAAGCAGAGGUAGUAGCACGACGUUUUGUACGGUCUGUGGCGCGAGUGUUUGUAAUUUUUAAUUUGGAAAAACAACCAAACCCAGAGAAACGAAAGAGUCACACUUCAUGCAACAAAUAUGUUCAAAGUUGUGUUAAGGUAUUUCAGACGCUGCACAAAAUCUCAAUUGAGGAGUUGUGCGAGGUAUCUGAGGCCUUGAUAGCACCAGUAAGACUCGGUGUCGUGCGACCUACAGCUCCGUUUACAAUGUCUUCAUCAAAUCUAGAUAAUUCGGAUGAUUUGUUCAGCGUUGAGCCACUGGCACCUUCUAAUGUUGAGUCAACUGCUGAGCAGAUCGUAGUACAUAACGUUAGCAAUGUGCAAAAUCCGAACUUUAAUGUUCAGCAAAAUUAUGAUGUGGUUGCUAUGGACACGCUUAGAGAUGCUUCUGAAUCAGAAGAAAUUACAAACCGUGAAUCUAAUUUGAGUAGUCAUGAUGAUGAUUUGAUAGAGAACCAGCGGAAUGAAGAAGGAAUGCAGGAUGAUGAAAGUGAUAACGAUUUCACAUUUAAUGAUGCAGAAACGGAAUCUGAUUCAGAUGACAAUCAAAGCAAUCAAGAUGCACAAAGAAGCGCUCAAACAGGUGCAACUGUUGGUUCGGAAACAGACAUAGGAGUUCUUUUUCUGGAAGACGAAUCUGGCGACUCCUCUGCUCAAGAGGAAGAUGGUUCUGAAGAUGGCGAAUCGGACGAUCAAUCGGAUGAAUUUAGUUUCAGCGAUCAGCAGCUUGAGCGCCGUAACAUUAAUCCUAACUCACGCAACGAUCUCACCCCACAAACAAUGCAAUGGGCAAUCAGAAGUCGCGACAAUGCGCGAUCUUCGGUUCGCGUCCCUACUGGUUCCAAUUUAGUUUUUAUUGAUCCUAUGGCGUUGCGCCGAUCUACUGUGCCAGCCAGCACUGCGGUCAAUACGCCAUCUGCCGAGUCUCAUACAAUGGCGACUACCGCAAGCAAUUUAGGUCGAGCUUUUGGUAUAACAAUUCGACAAAUAUCUGAACUUUUAGCAAUUAUGUCAUACAAUGUGACAAAUGAUAUUGAAACCUCUUUAAAAAUUCACAUUGAGGAAGCUAUUGCAGUGCAAGCAUUUGUUGAAAAAAGAUUGAAACCAACUUGGGACUGGAUGUUUACCGUGAUGGACGGAACAGAGGCGCAGUUAAAAUUCGGUGCAUAUUUGACAAACUAUACAGAUCCAAAUCAUCCGUUGCAUCCCCUCAACCUUAGUGCACAAGCAGCAACAAGUCAAGCAUCUACUUCGACUUCUACAACUGUGGGCGUGAAUGUGAUUGGUUCAAGUUCUCGACGAGAUUUCUUUACAUAUUGUCUUUCAUUAAUGCGCGCUCACACAUCGGAGCAUAGAGAUGCACUGCCGGUAUUAGACAUAACAGCGUUACGCCAUAUUUCGUACGUGCUUGAUGCAUUCGUAUACUAUAUGCGUAAUGAUACUAGCUUUUACGAUAAAAACGAUUCUAUUUCUGGACGAGUAAAUAAUUUAUCGAACUUUGUCGAAACCGAUGAUACUGACGAUGAAUUAUGUAACAUUGGAGAUUCUAAUACCGAGAGACAGUGUCCUGCCAACUCGUCGUCCAACAUAAAUAUUCGCAAAUCCGCAUUCUUCACCAGAUCCGACUCAACUCUUAGUUUGGGCUGCUCUGCACCAGAAGGCUUCGAUCUACCACUUGAUAUGGCUAUGCCACUAGCUGACAAACCACACUUACUGCAACCAAAUUCAAAGCGACAGGAGCUUUUUGCUAAUCUUCCAUUGAAUGCAGUUACAACUGUAAAAAACAGCACAGUCAAAAGUAACAUUUGCCAUCAGGGAACUAUUGACCAACCUCCUACAAGGUUAGGAUUCUCGAAUUUUUUGAAAACCGAUGCUCCUGCAAAUGCGAUUGAUGUAACUCAGCAUACUACAGAUCACGAAAAUAAUGUAGAGACGGUCGAAAUGAAUGACGUCAGCCGAGCAUAUAAAGUCGACGACACUGUAGAUUCAAAUAUUUACGUUCAAUUAAAGAAAAAACAGGGCUUGGAUGACUUAAAACUACAGAAAGGAACCGAAGAUCACAUGGAUACGGAGGAUGUACAAAUGAUUGAUGUUAUGGCUGGAGCGAAUACAGCGACGGAUAUUUUAAUAACAACUCGACCAGAAGUUAUUAUUGCACCAAGCCAAAAUCGCGUUGGUAUUACAGAUGACGUUGCGCCAAUACAGAGCUCCUUAUCAGUAUCAGCAGUUCGUAGCGUUAUUGUACGAGCUGGAACAUCUACUCUUAAACUAGAUUCGGAUGACAGUAGUUUGCCCGAAUGUAAAAAUUCAUCGGCUACUUCAAUACAACUAAAAUGUGAUAAUUGUCGCGAAAAGCUACCAUCCCAUGCAGCAGUGUUUCCAAUUCGUGGCUCUUUGUUUUACAAGAGCAGUUCUUCGGAGCUGCCAUCGUGGAACUUUCUGUUAAGUCGUUGGAAACUGGCUCUUGAUCUAUUCGGACGUGUUUUUAUGGAUGAUGUAGGUAUGGAACACGGAUCUGUAUUGCCAGAAUUGAGAGGCUUUCCUGUUAAGGAAAUGCGCUUUAGACGACAUAUGGAAAAACUCCGUAAUGGACAACAGCGCGACUUGGUUCUUUGUAAACUUGAGCGAAAUAGGGAAAGUUUAAUUAUCCAAACGUUUAAAGAAUUAAAUGCUCAGUUCGGAACCCAAAAUCGACGAGCUCAGCCACCCAUUACAUUUAACAGAGUUAAGGUGACAUUUAAAGACGAACCAGGUGAAGGAUCAGGAGUGGCGCGCAGCUUUUAUACUUCUAUUUCGGAAGCGCUGUUAGCGAGUGCAAAAAUGCCAAAUCUCGAUUCUGUACAAGUUGGAGGUACUCAUAGUAAGUACGGGGUACCAUUCUCGAGCAUACUGCGCAGCAGAACCGUUGCCGCCUCAAGUCGUGAUCCGCCCACACUGCAGAGGCGAGGAACUGGUAGUAAAAUAUUAUGGCGCAUAGCUCGGGAACGUAAGGCAUUAAAUGCCGAAGCCAGACCGUACAACCCAUCUAGCAAUGGAGAUAACACAGCGGCGGAGAGCUCGAACGACCAUUUAUCUGUCCACCUCCAACAACUUGGCGAGCGCCUCUAUCCCAAGAUCCACUCGAUAAACGCAUCGCACGCAUCGAAAAUAACAGGCAUGCUUCUUGAAAUACCAACACCUCAACUUCUAUCUGUCCUGUCUUCAGAUGAGACUCUUAGGCAAAAAGUUAACGAAGCUGUUGACAUAAUAAAUUUUAAGCAAAAGUCGGAAAUAAACGUGCAAAGCCAACAGAAAAAACCGCCAUCUGCGGCACUUGUUGAACCGAUGGACGACGAUAAUGAGCCAUUAUUUUACGCUCCGGGUAAACGUGGCUUUUAUACCUCACGACAAGGCCUUGCGUCUUUUGAACGAAUUAAUGCAUUUAGAAAUAUUGGCAGGCUAAUUGGGCUGUGUCUAUUGCAAAAUGAAUUGCUCCUGCUGUUCCUUCAAAGACAUGUGUUAAAGUACAUGCUUGGUCGAAAAAUCAAAUUUCAUGACCUUGCCUUUUUCGAUCCAGCGUCGUAUGAAUCAUUUAGACAAAUAAUACAAAAUGCCCAAACUAAAGAAGGAGAUGAAACCAUCAACCGAAUGGAGCUUAGUUUUGUAAUUGAUUUGAUGAAAGAACAAGGUUGUGGCAACCGUGAAUUAAUCCCUGGCGGACGCGAUGUGCCAGACACGUCAAGUAACAUAUUCGAAUAUAUAUAGGCGUUACACUGAAUAUAGGCUCAUUAAAUCACAAGAGAAGG